GCGAUGCUGGCCCGCGUGGCUCUGCGCGGCCUGGCCCCGGCCGCCUUGAGGAGUUUGGCGCCCGCUCUCUCCGCCGGAGUGGUGCACAUAUCAAGACCACUUCACACCAGUCAGCGGCACUUGGCGCCUGUGCCACCAAUGCCUGAGACAGGAGGUAAAGUCCGUCAUGGGGUAAUCCCUGAAGAGUUUUUCCAGUUCCUGUACCCUAAAACAGGAGUCACAGGCCCCUAUAUGUUGGGAACUGGGCUUCUGCUGUAUUUUCUCUCCAAGGAAAUUUACGUAAUUAACCAUGAAACAAUUGCUGGGAUCAGUAUUGUGGGAAUCAUCAUCUAUGGAAUUAAGAAGUAUGGGGGUGAUGUAGCAGCUUUUGCUGACAAGCUCAUUGAGGAACAAAUUGCUGCUGCAAGUGCUUCAAAAAAUAAUAUGAUAAACAGCUUGGAGAAGGCAAUUAGUGAUGAGAAGAAAGAGCAAUGGAGGGUUGAGGGUCGCCACUAUCUCUUUGAUGCCAAGCGGAACAAUGCUGCCAUGCUGCUGGAGACCAACUAUAGGGAGAGGCUGCUCACCGUAUAUUCUGAAGUAAAGAAGCGCCUAGACUAUCAAGUAGCGAUGCAGCAUUUUGUGCGGCAGAAGGAACAAGAUCACCUGAUCAACUGGGUGGAGCAAAAUGUUAGGAAGAGUAUAACAGCUCAACAGGAGAAGGAGAGCAUCACCAAAUGCAUCUCGGACCUGAAGAUGUUGUCUAAGUCUGCACAGGCAGCUGUCUAAAUGCAGCAUUUACUUGCAGCCUGUUAAAUUGUAUGAUUGAUAUUCUUAAUUAAAACAUCUGUACCAUU